AUGGAAAGGGCCCAUCAUUCACCACGAAAGGCGUCACCACCGGUGCCAAUGUCGGGGUUCGUAGGCGCCACAGUAGAGUGCCUCCAUGCUGUCGUGCAUGAGGUAGUGCUGCUGCUACAGGCGCUACAGGCCUCCAUCGCCCUGCAAGCGAAGCAGAGCUACGAAACGAGCAGCGUGCGUCUAUAUACAUUUCUGGACACCUCCGGCUGCUGUCUUCGGCUCAUAGUCAUUGUCUCCCUGAUGCUCAUAGCAGCACUCGCGGUGCUGCUGGUGGACUUGUCUGGGUGUCUUGUUAGUUCGGUCGCCACGGCUGCCGGUAUCCGUCACCUCGUCCUCGCCAACGUGCCUGGCACCGCCGUCAUCCCACUACACUUCAACGCGCUGCCGUUCCACAACGACGACUGGCAGCGGCACCUGCCAGAGGACAAGGCGCUCAAGGACUUCCUUCUCCCCGAUAGAAAGACGCGCGCCCUCGCCGAGUCCAUGGCGCAGCGCGCCGACUCUCUUAGCGCCAUGCAGCAGCACAUGGGACAGUUUGCGGAUGCAAAGUUCUCGUUUCUGAGUCACUUUGUCAACACCCACUUGGCCUCCUCCACUAUGCACAUCCCUCGCACCACCACCUCGGCGGAGGUCUUCUCUCCGAGAGGUGGCGUCAAUCUCGAGGGCCUCUUCCAGUUCGGGCCGGUCAUGUUCAACGCGAAGGGCGAGUACACGGCCAAGAUGCAGGUGGUACUCACAAAGGAGGAGGUGGGCCGAGAUGUGCCACUCAUUCUGGAGUCCUCCAUGCUCUUCUCUGAGGACGCCACAGCCGUGCAGUCUGUUGCCCAAUUUGAUGUCCUCUUCACAACGAGUACCUCUGUCACGGUACGCACCGGGCCGUCGUACAGGCCGUGGAUCGAGCUGCUGCUGAGAAGGCUGCUACGAUUCUGGUUCUACCCACCAGUGUGGUCGUACGAGUACCUACGAAGUGCGCUGCAUCAGAGGGAUAGUGCGCCAUUUCCGCCCAUCGAUCCAUCCCGCGAGGUUGCUGUUGUACUCGAGGUUUACAACCGCUUCACACCACCGCUAACCCUGCAACCCCGCCUGCGCGCCAUGAACUUCACACUCUACCAGCUCCCCGACGCCAGUGCACCCUCUCGCGUGAAGGUGUCGCGGCUGGUGUUUUUCUCUACUGUGCAGCUCACGGGAGUGGCGCGGUGGCUGACCGACUACCCUGUCGCCACGUUUCUUCUACUCGUCGCCGUCUUCUUUGCAGUGUUUGCAUUGACAAGCGUCGGCGGUCUGCUCGGGCUUCUCGUCUACGUGUACUGGCGCUGGUUCCGGGGCCGGGGGCUGGCACCAUUCGCCGCGGACGGCCUGACCGAGGAGGUCGUCGCCCUACCGCACGACAGGCCUGCCGCAGCAGUGAAGCGCGUCGUGACGCCUCAUUUGCGCCGACACCGCAGCAGCAGCGACUUGUACGACAGCCUUGACACGUCACAGCUGCGCCGCUCCCAAUCCUUCAACUACACCCCAGAGAAGAAGAGGACGUAG